UUCACUCUGGUAUUUACGAUCUGGCAGUUCCAGGCAGAAGGUGUUCUAUGCUCCGCUCUGCUGUGGAAGCACCUUUGCUUAAUGUCAACGCAUUGAGUGGUCCAGAUGGCCAAGGCCAAGUUCAGAGGAGGCCAAGGUCCCCAAGGGUAGGCUGCCUGCAGAGUGAGGAGGAAAGACAGUAGGAGCUAGUCCAGCACUCAGGAGGAUUAUGAGUUUGAGGCCAGCCUGGGCUAUCUAGUCCCACAGGGUGAGGAGACAACGGGGAAAUGACUCAGAGAUGUCCUGUCUUUGUGGCCUGCCCUUUGGUUUAUGACAGCCACCUCAGCAGCGCUGACCUUUGCCUCCAUCUUAAGAGUGGAGGCACCGGGCCAUCUCCCAAAGUUAGUGGCUUACGGAGCAGUUACAGCCUCCAGAACCAUGGCCACCAGCCUGCGCAGUCGGUCCUUUCGAGAACCCCGGCCCUGCUACGGGAAGCUCCAUGAGUCCCAGGGGAGGUCCCUGGAGGGCCGACUCCACCGGGCACUGAGCCUCAGACAGGGCCGUGAGAAGUCCAGGUCGCAGGGCCUUGCCGGCACAGAAGGGCUGGAGGUCCCUGUUCAGGAGCGGCUGCCAGGGACCCUGGGAGACACCGAGCAGCUGAUCCAAACCCAGGGAGAAGGCAGCCAGCGGUGGCUGAGGCAAUACCAACAGCAGGUGAGGAGAAGGUGGAAGAGCUUUGUCGCCAGCUUCCCUGGUGUGACCCUGAACCGACCAGCCUCCCCAGAGACCCUGUUGGACACCAACAGCUAGAGCUGCUGUGAUCGCCCCUCACUCCCCCGGCCGGACCCCUGUGUCUCCUCAUCUGCUUCUUCACGGCUUUUCUGUACUCUGAACUGCUCCGGCCUUUGGCAUGUGACCCACGGAGGUCUCUGUCACGAGAUCAUUCAAGGCCUUGUGUGGCUGCCCUUUUUGGUUCUGGCAGCUAGCUCUUAACAAAGACCUCCACAGAGCUGAGGAGAAGGCACUCAGCUCUCUGCCUCCUGGGCUGACAAGUGUGAAGGUCUUAGGGACCCACAGAGAAAUGGGAGUAUCAACAACACCCUUGGCCCUACACAGACCAGCCACCCACUUCUAGGACAGAGUUCAGUGAAGCCAAACGCGGCUGAGAAGCUCUUGACUAUCGCCUGCUCACAGGACCCAGCUCCACCUUGGCCCGCUAGUGACAAGCCAAGACUCGGAUCUCCCUCACAGUGAGCCUGCAAAGGCUAGGACCGGAUCUGGACUGUCCUCACUAUGGCUGCUGUAUGCCUGAGAAGCCCACACAUGCGUAUUACUGCCUUGGGCCUCAUUGUAUCCUGAUGAAGGAAGCAGGGAAGUCUCCCUCCCUGUGUGACAGAGGGUAACAGAGGCCCAGGGAAGGAAAGAGACCUUCUGCCUACACACACACACACACACACACACACACACACACACACACACCCAGUACCUGACACUGGGGUUGAACACAUUAAUAAAGCCACUGAACUGAGGAAA